AUUUGGUCCACUUUAAGAACCCUCUUUAAGAAGUAAAGUAGGAUUCUCUUUGGAUCCUGGUUGUUGAAGAAAAGCCCAAACCUUUAGCCCUCAUGAAGCCCAAAUUAUUGCCUUCUCCGGAUUGCCAACUUUUUUCGACCUCCAUUGUUGCCGGAGCUCAACAGCCCUUUCACUCUCUUCUUCAGCCACCCCACCUCACCCCCACCCCACCCCCAGUGUACUCCUAACACCAUGAAUACCAUUAACCCCUUUUCUGCAAAAGCAAUCCAAAUUGACAAGAAAAUCAACCAUUCACUUCAUCACCAUCGUCCAGUUUUGUCUAAACCCUUUUCUUCUCUCUGUUUUAGAACCCCAUUGUUCCACUCUUUCUUACCCAUUAAAGCCACUUCUUCAUUUCCCUUUCAAAACCCAGAAACCCCUAAAUCCACUAACCCUCAAAACCUUAACGACCAAUCUAUAACACCAUUUUCGUUUUCAGUUCUGUUCUCAUUUCUCAAGCCCUCAAUUAUUGCCACAAUUACAGCUACUUCCAUUUUCUUAACGCGAUUCUAUUUUAACCCGAAGCCCACCUUUGCUGUGUCGCUUUCUCCCGCGCACACUACAGAGUCAAACGUAAAGAAUUCAGCUUCUGACGAGGAAAACGAAAAGGCCCUCGAAGAUUUCUCGCUGUCGAACCCGAAUGAUGUUGAUGCUCUGAGGAAUUUGAUGGAAAUUCAGAUAAAGAAUCGAAAAUUAGUCGAUGCUAUUGGCACUAUUGACAAGUUGAUUGAGAUAGAGCCAAAUGAGACUGAAUGGCCUUUACUGAAAUCCCAUUUAUAUGUUUACAAUGACGAGCUUGAAUUGGCCAAAAUUGGGUUCAGUGAGAUCUUAAAAAAGGACCCUUUUCUCGUAGAGGCUUAUCAUGGGCUGGUGAUGGUGGCAUCACAAGAAGAUUCAGUUGAGGAGUUGAAACAAAUAAAGAAAAAAGUUGAGGAGGGGAUCAAGAUGUGUAAAAAGGAGUGUAAAAAGAGUGAAUUGAGGGAUUUUAUGCUGUUGCUUGCACAAAUUUGGGUAAUUGAAAGUAAAUACGAGGAUGCGUUGAAGGUUUAUCAGGAGUUAGUGAAGGAGGAGCCAAAGGAUUUCAGGCCUUAUUUGUGUCAAGGGAUAAUACAUACUUUGUUGAGAAAGAAAGAUGAGGCGGAGAAGAGUUUUGAGGAAUAUCGAAGAUUAGUACCACAAGGGCAUCCUUAUGCUAGGUACUUUGAUGAUAAUUUGAUUGCAACAAAGCUUUUCUCACAGAAAGUGGAGAGUGAAAGAUAUGGAUCAAAGAAUUAGCUAAGAUUGAAGGCUGUGUACUUCAGUUUAAUGAUUGAGAUAUGGUGGAAAUUUGGUUACAUUGUAUGUUUUAGUUUAUCUAUGGUGUUUGUUUGUUAGAUAUUUAGAUUUACUUAUCUCUUUGGUUUCAAGAUGUAGGUAGUUUUAUUGAGGUGUAGCAAUAAGUUCCAAAUUGAGACACUGGAAAAAAAAAAGUUCUAGUCGGGGGAGUUGUUUUCCGGCUUUUAAUUGUCCAGAUGUAUUCUCAGUGACAUGGUGUAGUAAUCUUGUUAAGGAAAAUUGGAAAGAGAAUGAUACUUGUGAUUUAUUUUUUUCUUUUUUCCUAAUGAAAUAUCGAUACUUGUGUCA